AGGCCAUGUGGCGUAGUAUUAUAAAACCGCGGACUGUCCAGGGAUCAUAUCGGAGAGAACAGGAGUCACUAGAAGAAUGCAGUACUGCCAUUGGCUGUGUACGGGGGUUGCGUUGGUAGUCGUGUUGGCGUGUGCCUCCUGGCAGGCGCGCGCCGCCGUUAUCUCCGUCGACUUUGGCGGAGAAUGGAUAAAAGUGGCUCUAGUCAAGCCUGGUGUCCCCAUGGAGAUUGUCCUCAACAAGGAAUCAAAGAGAAAAACAGCGGCUGUCGUGUCCAUGAGAAAAGAUGAGAGACUGUUUUGGAGAUGCUGCUCUCUCUACGGGAGUGAAGUACCCCAAGAGUGCCUACUGGUACCUACAGCUACUGCUGGGGCAGAAAUUUGACAGUCCCCUGGUCACCAAGUACCGACAGUGGUUCCCUUACUACGACAUGAGGAAGGACGAGGAGAGAGGGACUAUACUUUUUCAGCAUGACAGUGAGACCGCGUAUUCUCCCGAGGAGCUGGUGGCUAUGAUCCUCAACUACACAAGAAUCAUUGCUCAAGACUAUGCAGAGCAGCCGAUCAGAGACUGUGUGAUCACUGUGCCAGUCUUCUACACCCAGGCCCAGAGGAGAGCCAUGCUCUAUGCGGCUAACCUGGUGGGUCUCAACGUGCUCCAACUAAUGACAGAUGCUGCAGCCACUGCUCUGAACUACGGUCUGUUUCGCCAGGCCUCCUUCAACGCCACUCCACAGUACAUCAUGUUCUAUGACGUCGGAGCCCUCAGCACCACUGCUUCCAUUAUUGAGUACCGAAAGGCUCAGGUGAAAGAGGGAAGCGUGGCCAACACGUACCCACAGCUGUCGGUGAAGGGAGUCGGCUACGACCAUCUCCUGGGAGGUCUUGAGAUUGACAUUCGCCUCCGAGAUCACCUGGCAAGGAGCUUCGAGGGUAUGAAGAAGACGCAGGGGAGUGUGUUUGAGUCGCCCAGGGCCAUGGGGAAGCUGCUGAAGGAGGCCAAGAGAGUGAAACGGGUUCUCAGCGCCAACACAGACUUCUAUGCUCAGGUUGAGGGUCUACUGGAAGACGUUGACUUUAAACUGAAGGUGACUCGCGAGGAGCUGGAGGCCAUGUGCUCCGACCUGUAUGACCGGGUCCAGGAACCAGUCAGACAGGCCCUGGAGGCUGCCGACAUGACAAUGGUGGAGAUGGACAGUGUCAUACUGAUGGGAGGUGGUACCAGAGUCCCUCGCUUCCAGGAGGCCCUGCUCAAAGCAGUCAACAAGCCUGACCUUGGUCGUAGUCUCAACACAGACGAGGCAGCUGCAUUGGGUGCAGUCUAUCAGGCUGCCGGACAGACCAAGCUGUUCAGGGUCAAGAAAUUCAUCGUCAAGGACGCAAAUGUCCUCCCUAUUGUGGUGUCUUUUGAGAAGCGUGUGAGUGGGGAGGGGGAGGAGGGGGAGGAAGAGGAGGAGGAGGUCGUGAAAGUGGUGAAGAAGACUCUGUUCCAGCGCAGCAACGCGUACCCGCAGAAGAAAGUGCUGACGUUCAAUCGCUACAGCAAAGACUUUCCGUUCUCGGUCUACUACAGUCAUCUGGGCUUCCUCAGCGACGAUGAGAAAACAUAUGUGGGCAGACUCAACCUGAGUGAGGUGUAUCUAGCUGGUGUCGGGGACGCCCUCUCCACCCACAGCGGGGCCGAGGCCAAGGGGAUCAAGGCUCACUUCAGGAUGGACGAGAGUGGACUGCUGCUUCUGGACUACGUGGAGUCUCUGUUUGAGUAUCCCCCCGAUGAAGAGGAGCAGUCCACCUUUGCCAAGAUUGGGUCCACAUUGUCCAACUUGUUUGGUGGAGGAUCUAGUGAGACGGAGACAACCGAAGAGCCUUCAUCAGCAGCUACCGAGGAGGGAGAGGGGGAGAAGGGGGAGGAGGGAGAAGGAGAGAAGGCAGGAACGGAGACGGAAGGAGAAGGGGAGGGAGUGAGUGAGAAAGAGGAAGAAGCGGGGGAAGGAGAUCAGGAGGAGAAGGUGGAGGAGGACGACGAGGGAGCUGUGGAAGAGGAAGACUUACAUUCAGAUGAAGGAGCUAAAGAGGAAGAAGAGGCUGUUCCAGUUGAAGAGGAGGAGGGGGAGGUGCCAGCGGGCGAGGAGACUCCUGAGUCAGCAGCAGCAGCUGGCAACAGUGAGGAAACGGAGACGAGGGACGAGACCCCGCCCACCGAGGAAACCACACCCCCAACUACCGACGAGGGGGAGGAGGGAGAUGAGAAGGAGGCAGAGAAUGAUAGUGAAACUACUCCAGGUAGUGUCUUAGCUGGAAUGGUGUACAGUGAAGUUACAUACCUGUGGCAACAAACAUUUUGCGAGAGAAAACUUGUGCAUGAUGUGGGAUUGGAGCUAGUACAAACCAUCACCAACAUUUCCAUUUCCCUCAAAUUUGUUUUUCCUAUUGAAUUUGUUUCCCACCAUGGCCAUGGGAGGACAUUCCAUAAUAGUCAUGCAUUUAGACUAAGAACUGCUGCGCUUAGAGUAAAGGCUCCCUAUCAUGUAUAUGCACAGAAGGUUUGCAAUGGUAAAGUUCUUAUGGGAAAAAGUGAAUGUGUGUAACUACUAUUGGACCAGCUUCUAUGCCCAUAACUGUUGGGUAACUGUUUUUCCUGCAGAGCCAGAGGGGUCGCAGGCCAACGACACGGCAUCGGACGCAGAGUCGACCAAGAAGUCCAAGAAGAAGGAGAGGAGAAGGUUCCAGCCAGCAGGACGGUGAAGGUCAACCUCACGGCAGAGAUCACCACUCUCGACCUGCCUUCCCUGACCUCAGUGGAUGUGGAACUCUCCUCUACCAAGUUGCGUGUGCUGCAAGAGAGGGACGACGAGAAAGUGGCCAACGUGAAGGCAAAGAACACCCUCGAGAGCUACAUGUUUGAGACGAGGUCGUGGCUGGAGGUCACGGAGGUCAUCGCCGUGUCGACCGAGGAGCAGAGGGAAGAGAUCCGUACGGUGGUGGGUGUGGUCUCUGACUGGUUUGAGGAAGAAGGCUACUUCAGUGCCGAGACCUCAGUUUACAAGAAGAAACUGCGGGAGCUGAAGCGGGCGUGUCGCAGCCUCAAGAAGAGGGUGGAGGAGGCGGAGAAACGGCCGAAACUCAUCGAGCGUCUCCGAGACUCCAUCAACAUGUCCCUCGGGUUCGCCCUGUACAUGAGGAACAUGACGAGCGAGCUCCAGAUAUUCACAGAGGUCGAGAUGACCACGCUCGGAAAACUCGUCAAUGAUUCAGUGGAGUGGUUGGUGACCUCCCUAGGCGACUUGGAGGCCACGCCCCCUCACGAAGACCCACCGGUCCUGUCACACCAGUUUGAGGAGCAGCAGAAGAAGCUGGAGCGCGAGAUGGGUUACCUCAUCAACAAGAUCAAGUCCCAACCUCUGCCUAAACCGAAGCCCUCGUCCAACGCCACCACAAAUGGCACAAAUAGUACCACCCCCGAGACUCCUGAGGUAUGUGUACGUCUGUGUUUUGUGGUGGUAUAAUGUAAUAGCAGUAGCUAAGACUUGUGAACUGUAGAGUGUUCAACUUACUUACAAACCCAUUGAGGUCCUCAGUUUCUGUUACACACACUCUUUUUUUGGGGAAAGACAGGAUAACUUAGUUCUUUUCUGGUGCUUGUCGUUCUUUGGUGAGAAGGACUGAGAGCUAUAGUGGUCCAAAUAAAUGGUUAGUUGUUGACAUCUUGAUUUUGAGGGAUUAUACUGCUUUUUCAUCACGACAAUAAUUUGAUACUGUCCCCAGGAGGCUAAAGAUGGGGGUGAUGGAGGUGGGGGGGAAGGGGGAGAAGGGGAGAGGGGACAGGGAGAGGAGGGAGAAGCGGAAGAGCCACUGGAACUCCCACCAGCCGAUGGAGACCUUCCCACAGUUGGUGAUGAGUCAGCAUCACCUGACGAGACUCCCAGUGAAGAUGCUCUACCUACGUCACCUACACGGGGCACUCCACGAGGGGAGCUGUAACCCCUGCUCUUUCUUCCCCUACUAGGAGACUUGUCUCUCAUUAGAAGUUAAAUUAUUCCACUGCAGUCAGCGUUUUCCUCUUACUUAACCACCGAUCAUGGUAGCUAAAUUAUUUUUAACAACUGAUUUGUUGAGCGUUGGCAUGCAGUAUGUCAGUCCACGUUUCAGGCUUCUACAACUGAUGCUUGAAGUUGCUGUAACAAAAUAAUGUAGACAAAAUGAUGGUGAUUCUGCACUAGGGUGCCUGACGCAGUGUUAAACAUUAUGUAAUGCAGAAAAAAGCAUAACUUGAAUGAGCACUACGCCAAUAUUUACUUCUAUAUCACCAGUGAUUUAUUUUUAAAACUGUAUAUACAAUCUUACACGAAGAUGAUAAUGAAGGGACAGACAACUGACUGUAGACUAAUACAUGACUGUACAAACAUACAACUUGGGAGUCUGUGAUAGAUAAUCACCAGAUGACUAUAUAGGAGAUGGAAGCUACUCUUCUUUGAAGAGAACGGCCAUGAUGGCUGCAGCUGUCCUGGGGGUGUCAGGGACAACUGCUCCACUCAGCAGCUCCUCCACAUCCACACCAGUACUACCCACGCCUCUCACUGAGGAUUGCUGGGCUGCAGCACUGCAGACAGAGAGAGAGAAACCGAGACAAGGAAACAAAACCCUGGAAGAAACCUGAAAGCUAAGAGCAUUGAAAGGCACUAACACAAACAUGACCAGAACCAGAAGCUUGACGAUUGUCGAUCGGUACUGUAAGAUGGAUUAUGAUGUGCUUAAAGUUUGAACCUCUUGAGAAUGUAGUGGAAGCAGGAGACGGCGUUGUCUCGCAGAAGGCCCAAUAUCAGACAAGGCCCAGAUGCCAGACCCUGUGAGACACAAAAUAGCACAAUGUCAAGGGAGAGCAUGGAAUGACCUCUUAUGUACCUUACUGUCCACACCGAGUGUUUCCAGAGCAGCGACCGAGCUGUGUGAGAGGUGAGUGAGUUGAAUGC